GACAAAGCUCAGCUGCUCCUGUGCCUCAUCUCUGGCAACCGAGAUGAUUUGUAUGGGGUCAUCAAGAAGCUGUGCUGUGUGCAGUCCCCAGUGCCCUCCCAGGUCAUCAAUGCACAGACCCUCAUGGGCCAGAUGGGCAAGAUGAGGAGUGUGAUCCAGAAAGUCCUGCUGCAGCUGAACUGCAAGCUGGGUGGCGAGCUCUGGGGGGUUGAUGUCCCCCUGAAGCAGCUGAUGGUCAUUGGCAUGGACGUCUACCACAGCCACAGCAGAGGGAUGCGCUCCGUCAUCGGCUUCGUGGCCAGCAUGAAUCUCAUCCUCACCAAGUGGUACUCCAGGGUGGUUUUCCAGAUGCCUCACCAGGAGAUCGCUGACAGCCUGCGGCUCUGCCUGGGCGAUGCCCUGCAGCAGUUUCACGAGAAGAACCACUGCUUGCCCAAGAAGAUCAUCGUGUACAGGGACGGCGUGUCCGACAGCCAGCUCAACACUGUGCUCAAGUAUGAGAUCCCACAGAUGCAGAAAUGCUUCGACACCUUUGAGAACUACCAACCCAGCAUCGUGGUCAUGGUGGUGCAGAAACAAGUCAGCACCAAUUUCUACACCCUGACAGCAGAACAACUGGUAUCAGCUCCUCCUGGGACGGUCAUCGAUCAUACGGUCACCAGCUCGGAAUGGUGA